AUGUAUUACAACAAAUUACAUGACACANACCGGAAUCGUCUCCUUCUCCCUCUUCUGCGUCUCUCGAAAAUCGUCGCCGGCAACGGUUUCUGGGUCGAUUCUUGGGGGAUCCGACCCGGAAACAACGCUGAGGCCUUAUCCCUCGUGAAGAAACUGGUUGAGCUCGCUCCGGUUCUCGUCCCCAUCUACGGCGAUUUCUAUGUCCCUUCGACGACGCCAAAUUUGGCGGGAAAUCCAGUUUUUCAAGUUGACGGCGACGGGGUCAGAGUUCUGAGUUGCGACGUCGCUGGAUUCCUCAACGGACUCGGUCGAUCGGAAAUGCCAACGGUGGAUAGAAGAAGAAGACGACGGAUGAGAGUGGAGUUCUGGAGUGACGCGGCGGAGAAAGGGAGAUCGUUGGAUGUGGUGGCGCGUGAUAACACGCGCGGGUGGUGGAGCGCGUCGGGCUGCGAGGGGUUGAGCGCGUGUUUGGACGACGCGUUUUGGAAGCUGAGGGAAGGAGGAUGGACGGAAGAUGAGGUCCGCGAUAUGAUGAUGAUGAACGGUGUAGAUCGAGACACGUGUGCCCAGCAGCAAACGCUAUCGCGGGAGGAUGUGGAGUACGCGUUUGGCGGUGAGAGGAUGGACGGAAGAGAUGAAGACACGUGUACGGAGGAUGAUGAUGAUCAUGGGAAACGCGGACAAGUAACGACGUUGAGGCAUCUGCUGCUUUAUGACCGUUAGAUCAGCUAAACAAUGAUUGUUUGGGCGUUACGCAUUA